UUGAAGUUACAUUAUUGCGAAAACUUCUUUCCAGUUAUGUAUAUGAUUUAAUUACCGACUGAGGUCACUUUAAGGACUGUAGACGCCACUUUAAGCUCGCAAAGAGAGGCGACAAGCAAAGAACAAUUCCAUCAUGCAUAAAAUUCAGCUUAGGUGAACUAAAAAAAGCUUCAAGAAGGUUGCAAAACAACAAAUUUCCAUUAAAAAACAUAAGGCUUAAGGCUCUUAUACCCGCUGACAAUGAAGAAGUGAAUUUUCUGUGCGAAAUAACCUGCCUAAAGAUCUCUUAAAAGCAAAAGAUCAGUUGCAAGCUUCGCACCCAAGCCAUGAUUCAUCAUUUAGCUAUGUUUAAAAACUGGUCCAUGCGAGGGUCUUCAUUCAAGCAAAUUAAACUCAGCAAAGUGAAUAAUUAGAAAGUACAGAAAACUGCACGUAAGGAUUUGUUUUGCUUGCUUCAGUCAAAUCCAGCUCCAGCAAUUAUUUACGGGCAAAGAGUCAAUUGUUUUGAAGUCAAUGCCGGCAGUUGUUGUUCUCAGCUACUUCACAGCGAGUGAAAAGGAAUAUUUGUGAACAGAAAGGAAACAAAACUACAUAAUAAAAAAUGAAAAAAGAAAAAAAAUUCUGACUAUUAUUACUUGAGCAACAGAAAAGUGAUCGAAAUAGUCUGUUCUUCUCCAAUAAGCUUGCUAGCCUUCCAUAGUUCCGAGGAAGUUUUAAGCGCUCAAGUUUGUUCACUCGCAAGAAUUAGCAUUACAGUUAUGAAUCCGAAGUAAUUUUGAAGUGACGAUAAAACAACAACAACAACAAAAACAAAAAAAAAGCCUUUACAAGGAGCAAACGUUUGCACCUCGUGUAUUUCAUUCAGUCUCAGUCAGAACUCUCACAGAACGAGACAAACAAACGCAGGUAAUAAGGGAUUCACAGAAGCUUGCACAGAACGUUUUUCCACCCUGAAAGACCAACAUUGACGUCACAUAGUCUCCAGUCUAUCACGCGGCCAUUUCAGAAACGUUUUCGUGAAGUCUUCGGAAAUGCUCAGAUUUUGAUCUUUUAUCUUUCUAUAAGGCUUGGGAAGAAAAAUCUUUACCCAAAUCUCACUUAGGAUGUUCCUUUUUAGUGUUUGGUGAAGGUAAAGCGACAAAAGAAAAUAUUUCAAUUUUUUGGUUCAUUUGACCUUUAAUAGGACUAAUCUUCACCUAACCUGAAUCAUCGCUAAAAUCCAGUGCUGCGAAUAUAGUUCAAUCAACCCCAUUUGUGUCUGAUGCCAUUUUUAAAGGUUAUCAUUAGCACAACGAGGAAAUAUUGCCAAAAAGUUAGUCCAAAAGGGCAGAAAACUGACUGACAUUGAAUCAUACAAUAAACCACUUCAUAUAAGCCACAUAAAGUGUCAUUUGACUAAAUAUGGAGCCUUUCGGGGCCUUUUUUGGGACAAAAUGUACACCUCAUUUGGAAGCGCAUUAAUAGUGCGUUCAGGAGUCAAAGGGUUAAGGCUUUGGGUCUAAAAAGACACCCUCUUUAAGAUGCUCAAUAGUGAAAUAUUAUAUACCCUGUUAAAGACUCAAGACCCUGUUCAGCAGCACAUACCCAUAUAGGCCAAAUAAGGGAGUGCCCCCCCCCCCACAUGUCAUCAGCUUCCCACGGGGGUAGGAUCCCCCGCAACCCCGGGCCAACCAGGGGUAUUGUAAAAUGGGUAGAACACAGUUGACAAUUUCCCCCAGGGGUUUGAUAGUUUACAAGACAAAGUCCCGUGGGUCUAGCGCUUCUCAAUAAAAAAUCCUCCAGACAUCCUUCUCAUAUGACUGGAAUUCAUUUGAUUGAGGAGUUUGGGCUACUGUUGCUGGGCUACCACUGCUGUUUUCCCAUGAUAAUGCAUAUGUGUUUGUCUUCCUUUUAAAGAUGGAUGUGUCCAUGCUAACUUUUGAGGGUCAACAGUUCCAAGGAACUCAGGCCAUCAUAAAAAAGAUCACAGUGAGUUUUAUUUUAGUUAUUUCAUGUUUUGGCACUAUUUCAAGUAGCCUGUAAAGGAGGUGUUUUUUGUUUGUGGUUCAUGAAGUAAAAGAUAAACGGCUGCAAACCAAAGUCAAACAAAAACACGAGAGAUUACAGGGUGAGAGGAUGAAGGCAGUGGAACAACCACAGGCAUUCAACUGUGUGAGUUUUUUGAAACUUUGUUUGCCACUAGAAUAGAGCAGACGGCAUUCCUGAUUGGCCAGGAGGCUGUCAACCAACUGUCAGCGGAUGAUAAACAUUAUUCUCAGUGCAUCCAACAUAGACAGAGAAAUGGUAACUGUCUGUAGGUUUUACUAAUUUGAUUUAAAUUUGUAAAAACACUCUUAUCAUCCAGGGUACUUGGAACUGAAAGAGUGAAAUUUAUUGUACAGUUACUUUGAGUUAAGCCCUGUUUAAUCUCCUUAAAAUUGAGACCGUAGUCUGGCUAAGACUGAUGUCUGGAAUCUUGAGUCAUGUUUAGUACAGUGAAAUGAGCUAUCAGGUGACAGAGAAAAAUUACCAGUUGCCCAGCCGAGCACUUUUGCUUGUAGUAUAGUAAGCACCAAAGCAGGGAAAAUAUUCUACCAUGCUGGUGUUGGAUUUUUGCGUCACAGUUUGCAAAGUAAACAAAAUAGUAUUAGCUUUUAUAUGGAACCACAAACCACCUAAGAUAAAAUUCUGAACGCUCAAUAAAACAAGGCAAGAGGAGGGUUUAGAGAUGAAAGACUUUUCUCUAUUUAACCAGGCUUUAAAAUUAAAUUGGGUCAAGCAACUUUGCUCAAACUCAAGCGCUGCGUGGAAGUACAGUCGACUCUCUCUUAACGGACACCUCUCUAAGACAGACACCUCUGUAAAACAGACACUUAGAGUUGGUCCCUGCCUUUCUUUGCUCCCUUUAUUUGACUUUCUAUAUGACAGACACCUCCCUAAGACAGACACUUACUGCCGGUCCCAAGGGUGUCUGUCUUAGAGAGAGUUGACUGUACAUUCUAAAGUCCCUCAUUGCCAGUGCUGGAGGACAAGAGCUUUUCAAUAACCACGAUUUUGCCCAACUAAAUCUAAGCAAGCACCUUCCUGUUUUUUAUUGCAAAAUAAUCACGUGUUGGCAAGACUUGAUAGCUUCUAACCCAAAGAGUAAAAAUAACGUCCUUGAACAGAUUGUCUGGAAUAAUAAAUCCAUUACAUCUGAUAAGAAAUCAAUAUACUACCCACUGUGCGGCCAUGCAGGAAUCCUCAAAAUUAAAGACCUCUUGACACACAGCAAAAAUGCCUUGCGUCGUUUGAUUCUUUUGAUAACAAAUUCAGUGUAAGAUGCAACUUCUUACAAUACUUUGGCCUUGUCAACCCCAUACCUUCUGCUUAAUAGCAUCUGUCAACAAAGCUCUACAUCACAAAUCAUAAUGGAUGAAGUAACCUGCAAAAAAUUUGCACUAUGUUGCCAUCUCUGCAGCCAACGCCUCGGCCUACUUGUAAGAAAAGAAUCGUAAAUCAUGGUACCUAAAAGAGGACAUGAGUAAGGUGUAUUUAUUGCCCUUUGAGGCAUUACUCGAGAGGUGAAGCUAUCAAUGUUUCAGUACAAGACUAUCCACCGUAUCCUGUGCACUAAAAGUUUAUUAUUUAAAAUGAGAAAAGAAGACUUAGAUGCUGCCCCUUUUGCCUGUCCAAUAGAUCACACCAUUGCACAUCUUUUCACUGAAUGCACGCAAGCCACUUUGUUCUGAAAAGAGUUUCUAGACUGGGCCUCGUGCAUGGUGAACUCAAGAAUAUCUCUCUCAAAAAACGAAAUUGUGUUUGGCAUAUAUUGAUCAAGAUUCUACGUUCUGUUUGGCGGUCAAUCAUUUAGUCAUAAUAGGAAAGUAUUUCCUUUAUAUACGGUGUAAAUGCUCUUAAGAGUAAAGCUUUAAACAUCUUUAACAAAUUUGUCUCCCUUGUUCAUGACACGAGUAGAGUGGAAAAAUGCACUUCAUGUAUGUCCAACUUCUAAUUUUUCACUUAUUUGCAUAACCCAUGAAUUUUUUAAAAUAUUAUUGAUUCCAUAUUAAUAAUUAUUAUGUUAGGUUUGGGUUAGGGUUAGUUUUGGUGUAAUUCUAUAUACGGUAUGUAAGUGACAUACUGGUUAUUGUAAGGUGUCAUGUAUUCACUGUGUAAAGGUGUCAUGCAUACUUUCCUUACUAACUUGUAAGCUGUCUCUCUCUGCUUGCAUUACGUGUGUAAGUAUAAUUAUUUGUCUUUAUGGCAAUAUUGUUUAAUGUAAGUGUAUUGCGUGUAAUAGCUGAAUUAAAGGAGCUGUGUCACGAAAUUCAACUAAAUUAGGAAAUUACAAAAUGCCCGUUAAAUUAAUAGAAACAUAAAAAUAACCGCUUAAAACUUUAAAGGAAGGUUCAAACAACAUAACAGAAACAACAGAUGCCACGGAUGGGCAAAACUGAAGAAGAUUGAAACGGAUUGAAAUUAGGGUUUUUGAAAACUGUUCAGCCUAACAGUUUUUCAAAGUUGGUCCCUGCUGCUUGCAACUUCAAAAAUUGCUCAGGAGACAUAAUUUUUUUGUUUGUCUCGGAUCUCUGAUUUUGUCAUUUACAUGUAAUUUCUUUGCUUACUUUAAGUUCCAUAGCAACUGAGGGCGAGUAAUUGGCAAAAUGAAACAAAAUGAACUGGACUGAUGUGACACAGCCCCUUUAAGGCUGCAAUCUUUUGUUUUUUCUUACUGGUAGUUUUUUUAAGGUACUUUACACAGUUGUUACAGCCCUUAACCAUCAAACAAAACAUGUUUUUGCUGUUAAGUCCUUUGUCCCCGCCUCAAUGAUACAGCUGCAUUUUAUUUUUUUAUAUCCAGGAAUUACCAUUCAAAGUGGUUCAACAUAUUAUUACCACAGUGGAUUGCCAGCCAAGUGGGGAAAAUGGUGUUUUAGUUUUUGUGGUUGGGCAACUUAAGGUACUGAACAGUUAUGUGUGUACAGCCCCUGUUGUUUUAAGGGGGUGUAAAGAUACAUGAUUAGUCUUGCCUAGUUUUAUGGUUUUAGAAAUAUGAUCUGUAGCUCAGUUUCUGCCAAUUCUUAUCAGGAUUCAUGUAGGAGUCAUUGAAAACCUGGAAAGUCAUGAAAUUUAGCAAUUUCUUUUUCCAGGCCUGGAUAGUUCGGGAAUUAAAUUGUCCAUCCUGAAAAAAUCAUGGAUUAUAAUAAUAUUAGAGUAAUGUUAUGUGUGGCAUAUUAAGUACCGCAGGUGUCAAAGCAAGGAUAAUGUAUGGUAAACCUAUAAAAGGUCGUGAAAAAAUCAUGGAAUUUCAAGAGCUCAAGAGAGUAUAAUAAUAAUAAUUUAAUGAAUUUGUAUAGCGCUAAUACUACAUGUAUAAACAAUAUUCAAAAGUACUGUACAUUACGUUACAAUUAAAAAAUACUUAAAUCUAAAAAAAACAAUUCUAAAGUUCUCUACUUUAAAUUAGAAUUAAAAUAUUCAAAAGUGCUAAACUUUCAGAACUAUUCCAUCAAAAUGAAAGCUUUCCUAAAAAGAAAUGUGUGAAUUUGCUUCUUAAAAAUGGCAAAGCUGCUACUAGUUUUAAUAGUUGGUGGCAGAAAGUUCCAUAAAACAGGUGCAGCAUGAGCAAAGGCAUGAUCCCCAAGUGUACAGCAGUUGCCUUUUGGAAUGAACAGAAGACAUUGGGUAGACGACAAAAGAGCAUAAGUUGAACCCAGUAUUAUGCUUUAAGAGUGAGUCUCCAAACUGUAAUCUCAUGACCACUAAUGCCAGCUCAUGCUGGCAUGGAGAUUUCUCACUUUGGUAGAAAACAUUGGGGCAAUCACAAGGAUGUGCUAUAUAUCAGUUUUGAAACUUUAAUCUAACAAGAAAAUGACACAAAUGAAUUCAUUCAAGAAAAAAGUAUAAUUAUAUGAAUGAUCAUAAUUUUCCUAGUAUCUAAGAUUUUAGAAACUCCUUAUGGGGCAAAAUAAUUUUCUUGAGAACUUUGCAACUCUUCAGGACAUCUUCUGAUAUCUCCAUAUAUUUUUUUUCAAGUCCUCUACUAAAAUUCCUGGCUCUCUCAGGAUGAAAAUCCUUUGCCUCCAGCUACACUGUUGCAUUGUUACCACAAACAAGAAAUUUGUUUCACCUAGCUAAGUUACCUGAUAAAACGUCAUCAGUCAUGUCAUUUGCCUUAAUUUGAAUCAUUUUCAGUCAUGUCAUUUGCCUAAAUGUGAAUCAUUUUCAGUUUCUGACUUGAUCAAACAUAUGACGUUACUAACCUCUACUAAGGAGGGCUUGAAACAAGUCCCUUCCGGUAGUCCAGGACAAAUAGAUUUUCUUGCUGGGCAAGUAACUUUUAAAUCUUACUUGGUCAGUGCCCAGUACUUAGUCAUGGUUAAUUAUACAAUCUUGAAAAGGUCUUGAAUUUUGGUAGUCGUCUUGAAAAGUCCUUGAAUUCGGUUAAGGUCCUUGAAAAGUACUUGAUUUCUUUAUUAGGUCUUGAAAAGUCUUUGAAAUUCACUAUCUUGUCUACACCAGACCCCAUUUGCUGUAAAAUUAGAUUAUUUUACCUAGGAAAAUUUUGCUCUUCCUCUGUGUAAGAACCUGCAAAACUCAUAGCUAAGGUAAAAAUAUUUUUUGUGCGUGAACAAUAUUUCUGUUUCUUUAUUGAGCCAUUUUGAACUAUUCUGAAAAACCAGGGGGAUACUCCGGAUUUCAAAUGACCAGGAUGAUCGAAUGGGGGCAAAAAUCAAAACCAAAAAAAAAAUCCCUGAACCUAAAAUUAACCCCCCAAAAAAUCCCAUGCCAAAUUUCCAAAACUUAAAAAUUUCCAGGAAGCAAAACAGGUUUGGUUAUACUUUAUUGGCCGGGAUAUGCCCGAGCACUACCACAAAUCUUCAGAUUGUUUUGAAUACCCCAAAAAUACCUGCCAAAUUGUCCCACCCAAAAAAUUUCGAUCAUCCCUGUCACUUGAAAUUCAGAGUACCCCCCUUGGGACAAAUGAAAAGGCUCAGAGUUGCUUAUCAACCUGUUGCUGUUUUUUGUUUUGUUUGUUUUUUUUUUUCCACAGACGGAUGAUGACCCUCCACAUAGCUUCAGUCAAACAUUUCAGCUUUUUAAAAAAGAUACUAACAGCUACUUUGUCCUAAAUGACAUGUUUCGCCUAUCUCUUCAUCACGGAUGAACAAGCAAUGCACAGAAAUAUGGAGGACACUUUGUGUACGAACAGGAGAGGCAAAUGUGAUUGUUGUUUUAGAAUGCAUGUCAUAAAAAGAAGCAAGAAUCAGGAAAAGGUUGUGAAUUCCUUCAUGAAACGUAUGUAGCCCACCUUUGUGAAGUGUUUGAUUAACUUUUGACCUCCAAUGGAAAUCUCUCCAUGACGCUUUUGCAGUGCAAACGCAAUUUAGAUGACACAGCACAAGAAUUAGGAAAAUCAUUAGGCUGUGCUUCAUUGUCAGUGAACAGUGGAAUGCCAUGGAAAACACGAGGUUGUUAAGAGUUAAUCAAAGUGAAAGGACACCUUUCAUUUUGUGGUUUCAGAAAAUGUCCAUACCUCCCUCAUAAAAGAGACUGGAAAUUCCAGGUGGUUGGGGAACCUGGGGCCAAGGAAGUGCUAGGGGCGAGAGGGUGAUUCAUGGGAAAAGUUUUCAGGUCCCGGUUGUUUAAAGUAGGGGUUACAAAAACCCAAGGCUAAUGCAAAAUUGAAAUCCAGACGAUACACUACAUGCUAGCAUAUUUUUCACUGAACUAAAAGAUAGGAAUUUUCCAGGAAGUUUGGAAUCUCUGGAGGGGGAUUUUAGAGGGCUGUUUGAGGACAAUUCAGAGGGUUGGGGAGGCUAAUGAUUGAAACACUGCCACCACACCCCACCCCACCCACACCCCUCCCUUCCCACCUCCUUCUUCCUCUCUUGGUGGUGGUAUGGAUAUAUUCUGGAACCACACAUGUCAAGACAAAAUAAACCCAGUAACAAUAAGUGCUAUACACAACAUAUAGGCAUAAUAAUAUAUCACAAAAGUGAACAGUGUACAUUGCUGAAACAAUAACAGUCUCAGCAUGGCUUAAACCUUUUUAUAUUUUUGCGCGUGUAGACUUAUCCUGUACAAGAGAAC